AUGCUCACAUUGUAUCUAGUCCAUCUUACAUAGAUCCCCGAGAUGGUUCUUUGACUUGGUUUAUAGUUCCGUGAGUUACUUGAAUACAGAGAUGGGCAAGGACUGGUUUCCUCACCUAUCAUUUGUCAUAAAUUGAGGCGGUUUUAAAUCUUCCUCACCCUUCAACCAAUUAUGGCUUCUGAUCUCAAAGGAACAGCUGUUGUGAUUAUGGGUGUUAGUGGCGCUGGGAAAUCCACAAUAGGUGAGAUGCUAGCAAAAGUUAUAAAUUGCAGUUUUCUUGACGCGGAUGAUUUUCACUCUCAAUCAAGCAAAGAAAAGAUGCAUAAAGGAAUCCCUUUAUCAGAAGAAGACCGUACUCCAUGGCUUGAAACGCUACGAGAUGUCCUAAGAGCAAGCUUAAUUGGUGGAGAAAAUGUAAUUCUUGGGUGUUCUGCUCUGCAGAAACGGUACAGAGAAAUUCUUAGAUCUGCUCACACAAACUAUGAACCGGGAAGCUAUGUUUCUGUUGUGAAGUUUGUUUUGUUGGAUGCUCGGGCUGAGGUUCUCUCUGAUCGUCUAGAGAAAAGAGCAGCAGAAGGGAAGCAUUUCAUGCCUGCUUCGCUCUUGCAAUCUCAACUCGAUUUGCUUCAGAUUAAUGAAUCUGAGGGGAUACUUAAGGUUGAUGCUACAUUAAGUCCUCAGACAAUUGUGGACACCAUAAGAGCUUUGAUUUUCUGAAGCAAGAAUUUACCACAGGUGAGAAUUUGUUACCAUAUUAAAAUGAUUUUUUUUCCCAAGGAUCAUGUUGAAGUGGUGUCUUUGGUUUAUUUAAUGUAGAAAAUGAAAAUGAUUCCUGAGAAAUAAAUACUUUGAUGAAUUUGAUCCUAAAAUCCUAAACUUUGGAGUCAUUUAUCUUGUCUCGAGCAUAAGAAAUAUUGACUUUGUUAAAAGCAGAUUAAUGAAGGAGAAUGGUUUUUUUUUUUUUUUUUUUAUCAUAUUUUUUUUCUUUUACAAGUCCUUGUGACAUAAAUUCUGAAAUAUAGGCUAAUUUUCUCCACGGUUCAAUCUUUCGUAGAAUAUGCUAAUUCAACACCGAUUGAAAUGGCCAUCAAUGCUUUUGAUAUGAUCUCAUUGUCUAAACAAAACAGCUGAACUUGCUGAUUGAUUCUUGAUUUAAGCGGAAAUUAUGAAUGUUCACGAGCAAUGAUAAACAAUUUUGAAUCCAUAAAGUUAUGAGAUAUAUUCGCGGAGAAAAUUUGAUGUUGUGUUCAUAAUUGAAUAGAUGAUUGUACUCUCUUCAUUAUAUGUAUUUAUAAUGAAAGAAUUAACUACUGUAAAACUUUAUAAGGGAAACCUAAUAUCAAAAGGAAACUAACAUUUAAGCAUAAACCUAAAAAUAAAGUUUGAAAAAAAAUAGAGUAAGAAACUUAACCAAUAAAAAUUACUAAAUAUAAAAAUUGAGAGCAAUCCGAGUUCGUUUAGGCAAUGAACGAAAAUUUCAAAAUAAUUAACAGCUAAAAGAUGUAUUUCGGUCGAAAAAUGGCGUACGUCACGACGUAGCAGCGAGUCUUGCUUGUUAGACCAUUUUUAGCCCCCCAAAAAAAAAAAACAAAAAGUGAAAAACAGACACUUCGGGAACGGUUCAGAAAAUCUGUCAGCACGCCCAUUUAGCCAUUUGGCAAUUCAAUCAGGCUAUAUUGGCUUCAACAAUCAGUUCUAUGCUUCUUGUACCUUCUAAUACGAGGAUAAUUGCUCAAAAUUGUUAGUAAAUUCAUUCUCUUAAUUGAAAUUGCUUCAUGCGUCUCAUAAUUUGCAUCACUUCAAUAAUAUAUAUCAUCAUAACUUCCCUGACAUUAAGGAUAGUUACUCAAAAUUUAUAUGGAAUUCAUUCUCUAAAAAUAUAAAACUCAACUGCUACAUUCUUAUCAUUGUUUGCAUCACUUAUAACAUCACUAGCCUUGCAUCCAGUCAUAUGUAUUGGUUCUACUUGUGGUUGAAGAAAUGGUCAAGCUGCAUUUUGCACUAUGGAACAUUGAUUAGGGAAGUGGAUGUUAGAUCUCUGGUCCCUUUGAAUGGAGCAGUAAAAAUAUAAAAUAAAAUAAAAUUAAAACUAAAAAAAUAAAUAAAAAAUGGAACUUUGUUAAGCAUAAUCUUGUAGUGUGUUUGUUGUUGAUUGAUAAGUCAAUUAAGUGGAUAUUUUAUGCCCAACUAGUUAUCAAUUAAAAGAGAAACGUCACUUGAAAUUGUUGUUAAUGUUAAAUGUGUUGUGUGGAAGUUAAAAGGACAAACCCAACUUAGUGGGCGAGGCUCCUACCAUUGCCGGGGUUUGAAAAGGGUAAGAUAUAUGCCGUCUUUAUCCAGGUUUGAGAAUGGUAAGAUAUUUGCGGAGUGGUUGUUUAUGUGUUGUUGUGUGUAGUCUGAUUUUCGAAUUUGAUUAGAAAAUACUAGUUUUACUAUAAUUGAGCUAUUUAAAGCUUUCAAGAAGGCUGGAAAAAAAAAAAAAAAAAAAUCAAACUGAUAUAUAUAUAUAUAUAUAUAUAUAUAUAUAUAUAUAUAUAUAUCUGGUAACAAAAAAUCAAGCCACUUUAGACUCUCCAAAUGGUUCACAAAACAAAAAAAAUGAAGAGCAGACUCUUUCUCGACUUCUUCGUUGAUCUUGGGACUUAUGCUAUUUGUGGUUGGAGGGAUGGAUUGAGGAGGGAUAAAUGAAGUUUUUCGUAUUUGGUUGGAGGAAAGGGAAGAAAGAGAGGAAGCAGGGAUGAAGUAUCCCUCCUUUCUUUAAUAAUUUUCUAUCCGCCCAAUUUUGGGGAAGGGAGGAUAGAAAAAGUGAAUAACUACCUACAAAUAUACAAUUUACAAUUUUAACCUUUUCAAAUAAUUCAAAUGAAUAUCUACCCUUUAUUAUUUUAUAUGGGGGGUAUAUUGGUAUAAAAUAUAAAAACUCUUUUUUCAUUCAUUCCAAUCAAAAAAAAAAAAAAGAA